AUGGAGAGCUUCAGGGCCGGACCUGGUGUCUCGUGGUUGUCGGCCGCCCCCAAGGAGCCGUCGAGGACUGGCCAGACUUCGCGCAGCACAUGCACUCAGACGCCUAUCGGCCUCCACCCCGUCGGGGGGCUCGGGCGCGGCCCUGCAAUCGAAUUGCUCGACACCGGGACCCUUUCUGCUGGAACAGACCCCUGUCGCAUGGUGUUUUGCAUCAUGUUUGCUGCUCUGCACUCUUGGCCAUCUGAGCAUCGUGGCUGCAUGAGCCGGAGCGCUGAGUGGACCAGGCUUGCCAGGCUAGCAGACUCUCAGGCUCCUCAGGCUCCUCAGGCGCCUCAGGCGCUCCAGUCACUCCAGUCACUCCAGGUCGGGCGAUCAGUUGAUGUCAGCGCUGCACUUGCCGUCACAAACACCAACAUUGAAAAGUGA